UUCGGACAUGGUUUUGUGUACUGAGUCAGUCUUGAACUGAAAUUCAAGUUAAACAGUGGUAAAAAUGAAGGUGUUUUACGUGUUUCAGCUUUUCUUCGUGCUGGCGCUCUUCGCCAUGGCUUCGGCUCAGAGAGGCAAACACAACAACCCUGAACAAGUUCACUUCGUGGACAAUGCAAACCCUGGUCAAGGCAGGUUUUGGGGCAAUAACAGACCGACACCUGUGCAAUUUGUGGACAACAACAACCCGGGCGGUGUGAACUUUGUCAACAACCCGUAUGACAACAACCCGGGUCAAGUCAACUUUGUCAACAACGACCCGAAUAACCCAAGUGGCGUUAACUUUGUCAACAACGACCCCAAUAAUCCAUCCGGUGUGAACUUUGUCAACAAUGACCCGAGUAACCCAAGCGGUGUGAACUUUGUCAACAACAACCCGAAUAACCCAAGCGGCGUGAACUUUGUCAACAACAACGCCAAUAAUCCUUCUGGCGUGAACUUUGUGAACAACAACCCCAACGACCCGUCUGCCGUGCAUAUCGUAGAUGGCAACCCUGACCAAGUUGUGAUCACCAACCCUGACCCAUUCUUCGGCCAGCCCUCAUACCCUCAACGCCCUGACAUCUCCCCGGUCUACGUCAACCGUCCCUACCCUGGCAAGCAAUACGACAACCCCCACGCUCGCGGCGGCAAAUGAGCAACUUAACAACAGAAGUCUUCCCAGAAACCUACUUAUUCUCAUUAAUUCCAAAUUUUAAUUUACCUUUGGCCUCUAUUACCUAAAUAAAUAUGUUUUCGAAUUGUUCAUUGAUAUACUGGUUUUUGCUGUCUUGAUAUUAACAAAAUUGUAAAAUAAAUAAACAGUGCAUUAUUUUUUAUUUA